AUGUCGGUAAGAACGGCACCCGGUUCCGACAGAAUAAGACCAGAACAACAGAAUAACCUUCCGCCAUUACUCAUCAACACCCUGGCGAGGCUCUUUACACGUUACCUGUCGGAAUGCAAGGUUCCUAAACAGUGGAAGACCAGCAAGACCGUGUUGCUGUAUAAAAAAGGAGAACCACAUUACAUCGGCAACUAUCGCCCAAUCUGCUUACUGUCCGUCAUCUACAAGCUCUUUACAAGAGUGAUCCUUAAUAGGAUUGAGAAAGUAUUGGAUGAAGGACAGCCAUGCGAGCAAGCAGGGUUUCGAGAAUGA